UGGAGGUAACAGAGAGACAGGGAAAACGCAUUGAAAUUGUGCAAUGAGAGGGAGAAGAAAGCUCACUACUUGGAUUCAUUCUCUCCCUUCCCUCUGUGUGAAUUUACAUAACUCUCCCUCUCCCUCUCUCUCUGCUCUGUAUGAUUGUUGAGGACAACGAGGAGCUGGGGAAGGCGGGGAAGUGAGUCGACUCGGCCGAGUUAUGGGCUGCUGCGAGUCCUCCUUUUUACCACGACGGCUGCGGCGGCAAACGAAAGAAGAGAAGAACAACCGACAGCAGCAGCAGCAGCAGAACAAGAGCGCGGCCUCGGCGUUUAACGCCACGUCGUUUGCGAACGGUCCGCCGGAAUUGUCCAAUGGAAACGACGCCGUCGCGGCGCCGGGAUUCUCGGAGUUCUCGCUGGCGGAGCUGAAAACGGCGACGAACAACUUCAGCUCCGAGUUCAUCGUCUCCGAGAGCGGCGAGAAAGCCCCCAAUGUCGUCUACAAGGGCCGCCUCCAGAAUAACAAUAACAACAACCGCCGCUGGAUCGCCGUCAAGAAAUUUACCAAACUGGCCUGGCCUGACCCCAAACAAUUCGCCGAUGAAGCUUGGGGAGUAGGGAAGAUGAGGCACAAGAGGCUUGCCAAUUUGAUUGGAUAUUGCUGCGACGGCGACGAGAGGCUGCUGGUGGCCGAGUACAUGCCCAACGAUACUCUUGCUAAACAUCUCUUUCACUGGGAAAAUCAGACCAUUGAGUGGGCCAUGCGAUUAAGAGUUGCUCUAUCCAUUGCUGAAGCAUUGGAUUAUUGCAGCAGUCAAGGCCGUCCGUUGUACCAUGAUUUAAAUGCGUACAGGGUUCUCUUUGAUGAGAAUGGUGAUCCUCGGCUUUCUUGUUUUGGGUUGAUGAAAAACAGCAGGGAUGGAAAAAGUUACAGCACUAAUCUCGCCUAUACUCCUCCUGAAUAUCUUAAAAAUGGAAGGGUGACUCCAGAAAGUGUUACCUUCAGUUUUGGGACCGUCCUUUUAGAUCUUCUCAGUGGGAAGCACAUACCUCCAGGUCAUGCUCUUGAUAUGAUUCGGGGUAGAAACAUUCUUCUCUUAAUGGAUUCACAUCUUGAGGGUAAUUUUUCAACUGAAGAGGCAACUGUGGUUUUUGAUCUUGCUUCACGAUGUUUGCAAUAUGAACCUAGGGAGCGGCCAAAUACUAAAGACCUUGCUUCAACACUUGCCCCACUGCAAAAUAAAUCUGAUGUUCCAUCUUACGUGAUGCUGGGAAUUCCAAAGCAUGAGGAAGCACCUCCGACUCCACAACACCCUCUUUCUGCCAUGGGUGAUGCCUGUUCAAGGAUGGACCUGACAGCUAUCCAUCAGAUUUUGGUAAUGACACACUACAAAGAUGAUGAAGGAACCAAUGAGUUGUCUUUCCAAGAAUGGACUCAGCAAAUGAAAGAUAUGUUGGAUGCAAGAAAGCGCGGAGACUUGGCAUUUCGUGACAAAGAUUUUAAAUCUGCCAUAGACAGUUAUUCUCAGUUCAUAGACGUCGGGACCAUGGUUUCUCCAACUGUCUAUGCACGAAGAAGUCUUUGCCAUCUCCUUUGUGAUCAACCAGAUGCUGCCCUCCGAGAUGCAAUGCAAGCGCAAUGUGUCUACCCCGACUGGUCUACGGCAUUUUACAUGCAGGCAGUUGCUCUUGCCAAACUAGACAUGCACAAGGAUGCAGCUGACAUGCUGAAUGAGGCUGCUGCGCUUGAAGAAAAAAGACAACAAAGAGGGAGAUGAUCUAUAAAAAUGCCUUUGUAAUUAUUUGUUUUCGUAAUACCACUGUUACCAAAAUCAUUUAUUGUUGUAUUGAAGCUGAUAUAGCUGUUGUUGUAACAGAACAUGUAGAGUUAUGUACAAUAGAAAACGGGAGAGUUGUUUCAAUCCAAAAAUGUCUAAGUAGAGACUUUUUUCUUUUCUUCUGCA